AUGGCGGGCUCACCUGGUGCUGCGCCGCCUGCUCCGGGCGCCCGGUGCCCUCCGCGCGCCGCUCCCCGGGCGCAGGUUCGGCCGGCGCGGCGCCGGUGCCGGGCAGGACUCUUUGCCUUUCUUUGGGUUCUAUCUGUGCGUGUCAAUGGCGGCAAGCGGCAGUUCUCCGGGCCGCGGAUAGUAGCGGGGGGAGGAGGAGGAGGGAGAAGGGAUUGCUCCUUCUCCACAUAA